UUUUUUUUUUUUUUUUCGGGACAUUCUUUUUUCUUUCUAAUUUUAGCUGCUUUCAAUAAAUUGUUCUUAUUAAAAAAAUUUUGUUGUCAUGGUGCAAAUAUCAUGAAUACUCUAAUAAGCAAAAAGAAUUGUAAAGCAGAGGAGAAAUGUGGGGAAAUAACUUGUCUUUUGGAUGGCCAUAAAGAGAGAAUCAUUGUGGAAUUGUCAAGUUUCAGGCUGGCUGGUGUUUAAGAUCUUGAAAUCUACCAAAUAAAUUUGUCGUUUUUGGCUGAUGCUUAGGGUAAGUGUUUUAGAUCUUGAACUAUCACUAGUAAAUAAUUGGUGGGUUUAUGAGGCCAUGACAAAAGGAAUAUUCUUUUAUGUUCUAUUAAUUUAAAUCCUAUUAUGCAAGGGGUUUGUACGAUUAUGGAAUUUUGAUGAGAAUGUGUUGAGCAAGUGUUGACUUGGGUGCAAUGUUAAGAGCAUUAGCUCCUGGGUUGCUUUUAUUAUCAGUUCUCGUGAUCUCGGUCUCUGCCAUUGAUAAUGAGUUUGUGAACUGUAAUUGUGAUGAUGAGAGUUUAUGGAGCAUACAUAGCAUUCUAGAGUGUCAGAGGGUUAGUGAUUUCUUGAUUGCAAUUGCCUACUUUUCAAUACCCAUUGAACUCCUUUACUUUAUUAGCUGCUCCAACUUUCCAUUUAAAUGGGUCCUCGUUCAGUUUAUAGCUUUUAUAGUCCUUUGUGGAUUGACACAUUUGCUCAAUGGAUGGACUUAUUAUGGGCCGCACUCAUUUCAAUUGAUGCUGUCUCUCACAAUUGCCAAAUUCCUUACAGCUUUGGUUUCAUGUGCAACUGCAAUAACCCUUUUGACUUUGAUUCCUCUUCUUCUCAAAUGGAAAGUGAGGGAGCUUUUCUUGAAACAAAACGUGUUGGAAUUAGAUCAAGAAGUAGGUAUAAUGAAGAAGCAGAAGGAGGCAAGCUUGCAUGUCCGUAUGCUAACCCGUGAAAUCAGGAAAUCCCUUGAUAAGCAUACGAUAUUGUAUACAACUUUAGUUGAGCUUUCCAAAACUUUGGAUUUGCAUAAUUGUGCAGUGUGGAUGCCAAAUGAGAGUAGAACAGAGAUGCAUCUCACCCAUGAGUUGAGACGAAGUUCUAAAGGUUAUCACGUUUCUAUCCCCAUUAAUGAUCUGGAUGUGUUAGAGAUAAAAGGUAGCAAGGGGGUAAAGAUUUUGAGGCCAAAUUCAGCACUUGGGGCUGCAAGUGGUGGUGGAUCAGAUGAGGCAGGCGCUGUGGCAGGAAUCCGGAUGCCAAUGCUUCAAGUUUCAAAUUUCAAAGGGGGGACACCUGAACUUGUGGAUACCUGUUAUGCUGUAUUAAUCUUAGUUCUUCCAAAUGUGAAUUCUAGAGUUUGGAGCUGUGAGGAAAUGGAAAUAGUGGAAGUAGUUGCUGAUCAGGUGGCUGUGGCUUUAUCCCAUGCUUCAGUUCUUGAAGAAUCUCACCUAAUGCGAGAGAAGUUGAGUGAGCAAAACCGUGCUUUGCAGCAAGCCAAGAAGAAUGCGAUGAUGGCAAGCCAGGCAAGAAACUCAUUUCAGAAGGUGAUGAGUCAUGGGAUGAGGAGGCCAAUGCACUCAAUCUUGGGCCUGCUUUCAAUGUUCCAAGAUGAGAACCUGAACUUUGAGCAGAAGAUUAUUAUUGAUACAUUGGUGAAAACUGGCAAUGUUCUUUCAACUUUAAUAAAUGAUGUGAUGGAGAUUUCAGCAAAAGAUAGUGGAAGAUUCCCAUUAGAAACGAGGCCUUUCCGGCUACACUCUAUGAUCAAGGAAGCUUCUUGCCUUGCUAAGUGCUUUUGUGUGCAUAAAGGCUUUGAUUUUGCAAUUGACGUUCAGAGUUCUUUGCCUAAUUUAGUGAUAGGAGAUGAGCGAAGGGCUUUUCAAGUUAUUCUGCAUAUGGUUGGAUAUCUGUUGAACAUCUAUGGCGGAAGUGGAAAUGUCAUAUUUAGAGUUUUCUCAGAAAAUGGUAGUGAGGGUAAGAAUGAUAGAAUGUUGGGGAUGUGGAAACCAAAUGCUCCAGAGGAGUAUGUGUCUAUAAAGUUUGAGAUUGAAAUUAGGGAGGGAAAUUCUUUGUCGGAUGGAUCAAUCCCAAAAACACAUAAUUCUGGGAGGAGGCAAAACGGUGAUGAAGUUAAAGAAGGUUUGAGCUUUACAAUGUGCAAGAAGCUUGUUCAGAUGAUGCAAGGUAAUAUCUGGAUAUCUCAGAAUUCUCUGGGUUUUGCACAAAGCAUGAGUCUGCUUCUCAGGUUUCAAAUCCGACCUUCCUAUGGAAGAGCCAUAUUUGCCUCUGGAACUUCCUCAGAACAACCAAAUUCUAAUUCUAUGUUCAGAGGUCUUCGGGUUAUACUUGCUGAUGAUGAUGAUAUAAACAGGACUGUGACCUCAAAGCUGCUUAGGAAGCUAGGUUGUGAAGUGACUGCUGUUUCAUCUGGAUUUGAAUGCCUUAGUGCCCUCAGCUCGGGUGAAAAUUCAUUUGGAGUUGUUAUUUUGGAUCUUCAGAUGCCAGAAAUGGAUGGUUUUGAAGUAGCAAUGAGAAUCCGCAAGUUCCGAAGUCGCAACUGGCCAUUGAUUAUAGCCGUGACUGCAAGUGCUGAGGAUUAUAUUUGGGAGAGAUGCCUACAGGUGGGAAUGAAUGGAGUGAUUCGAAAACCCGUUCUCUUACGAGGGAUGGCUGACGAGCUUCGAAGAGUUCUGCAAAGGGCAGGUGAAGGGUUGUAAAGAGCAAGUUAUGGAAUUUUCACACUGAUUUCUCAACAAAAAUCUUGAGGAUUGGAUCAUCUCCCCUUUGUGGUCCAGCAUGGAGAUGCUAAGGCAUUUAUAAUUGAUGGUAUAGAAAAUAUAGACCGUCACUUUCUGCUAACUUCUUUGUUUAGCUCUAUGACUAGAAUAUCAUAGAAUGGAUUAAACCUCGAUGUGAAACUAGUCAAAUUUUUUAUCUGAUAGUGAAACAAAUGCCAAUAUGAUUCACAACAUCAAAGUAAUACUACAUACUAGCUUCUUCGACUGUUCUCUUGAUGCCUUCUUCAAAAUAUCUUUAUUUUUUGUAUGAGUUGGUGGCUUAUACUGCACCUUGUUUGGAAACCUUGUUCUUACAGUUGGAAUUUGAACUUUCAGAGAUUAGCUUUA